GGCUCGGGCAGGGCAGCACUUAUCUGCGGGGCGCGGCGGCAACUUGUAGCCGGCGGCUGCGGACGGCCCCGCGCUGCUGCCAGGAAUAUGGAUGUGAGAAGCAGGAAUUUCUUGCUCCUGAAUCGCCAAGCUUUGCAGAGGGACAUCAAGACCGCUUACAUUAUGGAUCAUCUGAUUUCUGAUGAAGUGUUAACGCCGCAGGAGGAGGAGAGAGUGAGACAACAGGGCACGCAGGAGGAGCGAGCAGCUAUGCUGAUAAACAUCAUCCUUACAAAAGAUAACAACUCCUACAGAUCCUUUUAUAAUGCCCUGCUUCAUGAAGGGUACAGAGAUCUUGCUGCGCUGCUUCAGGACGGGAUCCCUGCCAUCUCCUCUGGUAACAGAAAGAGUUCAAUGGAUGGAAUGACUUCACAUGUGAAGACAGUUCUCUGCGAAGGAGGUGUGCCACAGAGACCAGUUGUGUUCGUCACUCGGCCGAAGCUGGUAGAUGCUAUUAAAGAGAAGCUGUACUGCUUAGGAAAUGAUCCAGGUUGGGUCACAGUUUAUGGAAUGGCAGGUUGUGGGAAGACUGUUUUAACAGCAGAAGCUUUAAGGGAUCAUCAGCUCUUGAAAGAUUGCUUUCCAGAAGGAGUUCACUGGCUCUCUGUUGGAAAGCAGGACAAAGCAGGGCUCCUCAUAAAACUUCAGAACCUCUGCAGUAGAUUAGAGCAUGACUCCACCCUUUCACAGAGGCCACCACUUAACAUUGAAGAGGCUAAAGAUCGUCUGCGUUUGCUGAUGCUCAGGAAGUAUCCCAGGUCUCUUUUGAUCCUGGAUGACAUUUGGGAUUCCUGGGUAUUAAAAGCAUUUGAUAAUCAAGGUCAGGUUCUUAUCACCAGCAGGGACAGGAGCGUAACCGAUGCUGUGGCUGGCAAUAAAUAUGAGGUUCAUGUGGAAAGUGGACUAGCACAUGAGAAAGGACUGGAGAUUUUAUCCCUGUUUGUGAAUAUGAAGAUAUCAGAACUGCCAGAACAAGCUAACCUCCUUGUAAGGGAAUGUAAAGGUUCUCCUCUCGUGAUAUCCUUGAUAGGUGCACUACUACGAGACUUCCCUAGUCGUUGGGAAUACUACCUCAGGCAGCUGCAGAACAAGCAGUUUAGAAGGAUAAGAAAAUCUUCUUCUUAUGAUUAUGAAGCCCUUGAUGAAGCAAUGUCCAUAAGUGUUGAGCAACUGAAUGACAAUUACAAGGACUACUAUAAAGACCUCUCUGUCCUCCCAAAAGAUGUCAAAGUACCUACCAAGGUCCUCUGUAUUCUGUGGGAUAUGGAAACUGAAGAAGUUGAAGAUAUCCUGCAGGCAUUUGUUAACAAGUCCCUAUUGUUCUGUGAUCGUAAUGGGAAGUCAUUCCAUUACUAUUUACACGACCUUCAGCUUGAUUUCCUCACAGAAAAGAAUCACAACCAGCUUCAGGAGUUACACAAAAACAUAGUAAAUCAGUACAAGAAGUACUACAAACUUAAUACACCUGUUCCAUCUCAAGAGGAUUGCAUGUACUGGUACAACUUUCUAGCCUACCACAUGGCUGGUGCCAACAUGCAGAAGGAACUCUGUGCUCUAAUGUUUUCUUUGGAUUGGAUUAAAGCUAAAACAGAAUUGGUAGGGCCUGCUCAUCUCAUUCAUGAAUAUGUAGAAUAUAGUUCAAUCCUGGAUCAAAAGGAUAGCACAGUACGUGAGAACUUCCAGGAGUUCCUGUCUUUAAAUGGGCACCUGCUUGGAAGAGAGCCCUUUCCUGACAUUAUCCAGCUGGGGCUUUGCCAGCCAGAGACAUCAGAAGUGUAUCAACAAGCUAAGCUCCAUGCUCAAAGAGCAACAGGAACGUUUUAUUUGGAAUGGAUAAAUAAGAAGUCCUUGAAGAACCUCUACCGGCUGGUUGUACGUCCACACAGAGACGCAGUUUACCAUGCCUGCUUUUCUAAGGACAGGCAGAGGAUAGCAUCCUGUGGAGCUGACAAAACCCUUCAGGUGUUUAAAGCAGAAAGUGGGGAGAGACUCCUGGAGAUCAGUGCCCAUGAUGACGAAAUACUUUGUUGCUCUUUCUCUGCAGAUGGUGAGCUUGUAGCAACUUGUUCAGCUGAUAAAAAAGUGAAGAUCUGGAAUUCAAGAACAGGCCAGUGCAGAAGUGUGUAUGAACAUGUGGAGCAGGUGAAUUGCUGCCAGUUCAAUAACAGAAGUGGUCAGUAUCUUCUAGCUACCUGCUCAAAUGACACUUUCAUCAAACUUUGGGUUUUGAAUGAAAACCGUUGUAGAAAUACAAUGAUAGGACAUCAAAACUCUGUCAAUCACUGCAGAUUCUCCCCAAACGAUGAGUAUGUUGCUAGCUGCUCAACGGAUGGAACAGUAAAGCUCUGGGACACACGCUCAGGGAACGAACAGAAAAGCAUUGAGAUCAAAGAUUGCUUCAAAACUGCAGAUGAGCAACCAGAUGAUGUGGAGGUUUUAGUGAAAUGUUGCUCUUGGUCCAGAAAUGGUGAUGUGAUUUUGGUGGCAGCCAAAAAUAAGCUUUUGCUUUUCGACGUUAAAACGUGUGCUUUGUUGUCACAAGUCAUUGCAAACCAUCACAGCACAAUCCAGUACUGUGACUUCUGUCCUGGUGAUGAGUUAGUAGCAGUUGCUUUGUCUCACUGUUCUGUUGAGCUAUGGAAUAUUAAAUCUCUAUCAAAAGUGGCAUACUGCAGGGGACACAUGAGCUGGGUUCACUGUGUAACGUUCUCCCUCGAUGGAUCUUUAUUCCUGACAUCUUCUGAUGACCAGACAAUACGUAUCUGGGAAACAAAGAAGGUGUGCAAGUCCUCUGAUGCUGUGCUGAAAAGUGAGCUGGAUGUUGUAUUUCACAAUGAAGAAGUGAUGAUUUUAGCAAUCUACAACCAGAAGCAUUUGCAGCUUAUCAAUGGAAAUACAGACAGUGUAAUUAUGCAGACAUCAGCUCAAGAAUCCCCCAUUUCCUGCUGCUGCUUAAGUGUGGAUCUUAAAUUUGCAGCUUUUGGACAGGAGAAUGGAACAAUAAAGGUAUUGCAGCUGGUGGAUGGGAAAGUUCUGAAGUCCCUGGAGGCCUACAGGAUAUCUGUGCAGCACUGUCGAUUUACAGCUGAUUGCCAGACUCUGAUUUCAAGUGCCCAUGACUCAGUUAUACAGGUAUGGAAUUGGCAGCUGGAUGAAUGUGUGUUUCUAAGAGGGCACAAGGAAGCAAUCAAAGAUUUUAGACUUCUAGAAAAUUCAAAACUUCUUUCCUGGUCCUUUGAUGGAACUGUUAAGGUUUGGAAUAUCACUACAGGAAACACAGAAAAAGAUUUUGCUUGCCAUGGAGGUGCUGUUCUUUCCUGUGCUGUUUCACCUGAUGGUAGUAAAUUUUCAUCUACUUCUGCUGACAAAACUGCAAAGAUCUGGAGCUUUGAAAGUUCUUCUGUUCUUCAUGAGCUGAAAGGUCACGAAGCUUGUGUGCGGUGCUGUGCUUUCUCUCCUAGUAACAAACUGAUGGCCACUGGAGAUGACAAAGGAGAAAUAAGGAUUUGGGACAUUCUAACAGGUGCAUUACUUCACUUCUGCUCUCCAGUUACUGUAGAUGAAGGAGAACCAACACAUGGUGGCUGGGUAACAGACCUCUCGUUUUCUCCUGACAGCAAGAUGCUUGUGUCAUCUGGAGGCUAUCUUAAGUGGUGGAAUGUAACUACUGGAGAAUCCUUACAAACCUUCUACACCAAUGGAACAAACCUCAAGUCAAUCCAUGUGUCCCCUGAUUUUGAAGUGUAUGUGACUGUUGAUAAUCUUGGUAUUCUUUAUGUGUUGCAGAAGUUGUGAUUCAUGUGCUGAACACUGCCAAGAGAAUUCCUUCUUGUCUUUUAAGGUGGAAACAAAAUUCUGCUCACUGUUAGGCUGACACUCAUGAAGCUGUGAACUUUAUUUCCUUCUUUUAUUCAGGAUGUUUUUAUGUAUAUUUACCUACAUUUGUGCAUGGUUUCCCACCUGAACUUGUAUUUAGUCUUCUUUUAAUUCUUCAUCUGCAUCUUAGGUUGCUUCCAAUUUUGUAGGGAAAUUCUAUUAAGGUUUAUUUAAAUUGGUUGAAAUUAAUAUUAAUAACAGUGAAGAAAUUAUAGGAAUACAAUACUUGGAAAUUGCUAAGGCUGAAGGCUAAAUGCUCUCUAGCCAUGAACACAACUGUGUGAGAUGCAAAAAAAGAUGAUGAUGAUGAUGUUGAUUGUUAUUAUUUAACUGUGAUGCAACCAUGGAAAGAAUCAGGGACAUCCUUGAGCAACCAAGAAUCAGGAGGCUCUGAGCAAUCAAGUCUAGUUGAGAAGUGUCCCUGCCCAUGGCAGGGAGGUUGGAGUAGAUGAUCUGAAGGUCCCUUCCAACCUGAGCCAUUCUGUGAUCUGAAAAAUGAAACUAUCUUGGUGCUUGAUAUUCAAACCAAAUCAAGUAGCUGUUCAAGUCACAGCAGCACUGGUAAGGACCUUCGUGCUUCUAGCCUUGUGGAGGUGAAGUGCACUGUAGCACUCAAGAGCUGUGCCUAUUAAUGGCAACACUUUGAGUCUUGUUUUCUCAAGGCAGCAUCCCGAAGGAUACUGCUAUGGAACUGGAAGAGCUUGUGCCACAUUUCCAGUCAAAGAAUGAAUGCAGCUAAGCAGCUGAAGUGAGAAUGGAGAUGGUUCCAAAGGUAUAUAUUGAAAAAUAUAUAGGAGAGGUGAAUUUUAGUUACUUUUCCUUUGGGAAUUAGCAUUCAGUUUACAGUAUGGAGACAUUCUACUGUCCUCAGCUUUGUUUACAUGGGACUCUGAGCACAGGGAUCUCUUGCCUGGCAAUAUGUGAUUUUCUUCUUUUUUAAAACUUCUAUCUUUACAGUCUAUUUAUAGAUCCAAUAUGGAGUAGAAAGGUUCAUGUUUUCUACUAAUAUUACUUGAGCUAUCUUUUGUGAAUAACAAAACAGCAAUUUUUCCUAGGUACCUAGUAAGCCUUGCCCUGGCAAACUGCCUCUCAACUGCUCUGAGCAACUGCACAAGCAUUAAUAUCAUGAUUUGCCUACUUUUGUAGCUGGCAGGAGGCCAUUACACUUAGAUGAAAAAGUAAAAGCUACAGUAGCAAGUGUCUCAACUGCUACUGAAUGAUGACAUUUUCACUUCGUAUUUUUUUGUGUGUGCUUUUCAAAAGAUUGAAUAUACAUUCUUGGUACUUUUCUGAUUUUGACAAUCACCAUUUUGUCCUCUUUUGUAUUAAUCCUUCUUUUAACUUUCUGAGGUGCUGUUGAAUACGGGUCAGUAUAAUCAAAGAAAUUUAAAGAACAGAAAUUCCAGAGGGAAAAAAAGGGUGAUGUUUUAUAUUGUAAGGAUGUACAGCAUUCAAUAAAGAGAAUCCAGGCAAUACUGCCCAAAGCUGUAAA